UGCUCCCGGACAAAUAACGUAGAGUAGACAGCCAGUCUAUGGCAACCGAGGAACGAACGAAGCUGAAGUUUCAACUUUUGCGGCAACGGUUGUAACUUUCUCUUUACACCAUGGAGCCCGCUCAUUUUGUCCAUGCCUUUUCGCUACCAUAAAGCCAAAGUAGAAGUUUACCUUCUUACUUUUUGUAUUCCAAACAGUCGUGGAUUUGCGUGAGCGCACACCCAACUACUUUGUUCUUGAUCUCUUUUAUUCCGUGGGAGACUUUAUGGCAAAUGUUUCUUUAAACGUUUAACGGGAACGUGUGUGCAUCUGGAAGUCAACACAAGAGGGGAAAAAGGUCCGACAUAUUCUUAAUGGACACAAUUCAUUAAUUCAAAAAGGGAAUUUUAGGCGAUCGGAGCCCCGACCGUGUGGUUGGUCCCUCCGAUGCCUCGCGGCAUUGUUCUGCCUGGAGUGGGCAUGCAGGCUUUACCUCUCAUCGCUUGAGGAGCCCUCCAGCGCCAAACCUGGUGGAAUCAAACUUCACUUUUGGAUUUAUUUUCUGGGCAGAACUUCUUUCAAGCCGGUGAAAAAAAAUGGAUAUCACCGUGUCAGAAAUGAUGGCGAACUUCAUGGACUCUCCAUUAGUGGUUUGGGUGAAGACCUUUGGGCCACUGGGGACAGGGAUGGACGACAAAUUGUCCAUGUUCAUGGAGCUAGUAGAUGGGGUUUUCCUGCACAAGAUCAUGACCCACAUAGACCCAAGUCCUACUAACCAGCGUGUGCACAAGCAGGUCAACAACGACGUCAAUCUCAGGAUACAGAACCUCAGUGUCGUCACGCGUCACAUCAAGCACUACUAUCAGGAGAGCCUGCAGCAGCUGAUCCUCAUGAACCUGCCCAACGUGCUCACCAUCGCCAAGGACCCGCUGUCAGGCAAAAGCAUGGAAGAGGUGAAAAGAAUGCUGCUGCUGAUCCUUGGGUGUGCUGUACAGUGUGAGAGGAAGGAGGAGAUGAUUGAGAAGAUCAAGCUUCUGGACAUUGAGACGCAGGCGGCCAUCGUUUCUCAUAUUCAGGAGGUGACUCACAACCAGGAGAAUGUUCUAGACCUGCAGUGGCUGGAGUCGUCCGAGCUGCCCGUGGAGGAGCUGGAUCCCCUCUCCAGAAACAUGGCCUUCCACCUGCGCAAGCUCAUCGACGAACGAGACGACAGCUCAGAGCUGGUGGUGGAGCUGACCCAGGAGAGGGACUACCUGCAGUCCCAGCAGCCCCAAAACGGCACCCCGUUCUCCAGCCCCGAGCGGCAGCCAGCCGCCCCCCUCUCCAAGGAGGAGCGCCAGCACCUGGCUGUGGACCUGGCCGACACCAAGGCCAAGCUGAGGCGCUACAGACAGGAGCUGGAGGAGAAGACUGAGCAACUGAUGGACACCAAGAAUGAAGUGGAACGACUGGAUGCAGAGCUUCAGAAACUCAAGACAGAGAAUGUGCAGCUGCUGGCAGAGUCGCGUUCAGUGCGGGCGUAUCGUGACGAGGUGGAUGCCCUGAGGGAGAAGGCUGGCCGCGUCGACCGCCUGGAGACAGAGCUGCAACGCGUCAAAGAGAGAUUACACGACGUCCACUUCUACAAGACCCGAGUAGAGGAGCUGAGAGAGGACAACAUCACACUGAUGGAGACCAAGUCCCUGCUGGAGGAGCAGCUGUCCACCGCCAGGGGGCGCUGUGACAAGCUGCACGAGCUGGAGAAGGAGAACCUGCAGCUGCGCUCCAAACUGCAUGAUAUAGAGAUGGACCGUGACACGGAUAAGAAGCGUCUUGAGGAGCUGCUGGAGGAGAACAUGCUGCUGGAGAUCUCCCAGAAGCAGAGCAUGAACGAGUCCGCUCAUCUGGGCUGGGAGCUGGAGCAGCUAUCCAAGAACAAUGACGUCAAUGAGGCGCGUAAGUCGUUUGUGUUUGAGCUGAACGAGUCUGCGUCGAGCCGUCUGCUGAAGCUGGAGAAGGAGAACCAGGGCCUGCAGAGCACCAUCCAGGAGCUGCGGCAGGGAGGCCUGGCCCUGGAGGAGAGCCAGCUGCACAGCCAGGAGCUGGAGCGGGAGAACCAGGGCCUCAGCAAGAAGCUGGAGCGUCUGCAGACGCUGCUGGACCAAGAGAAGCAGACCAACCAGGACAUGGAGAGCCUGGGCGAGGAGCUGCUGAAGGACAAACAGAAGCUGGAGAAGACCAUGGAGAAGCUGCAGGCCGACAAGGACCAACAGAUCUCGGAGCUGGAGCAGGAGAAGGCGCACCUGAGCGAGGCCGUGGGCUCUCUGCGGCGGCGGGCGCAGGCCGACAGCGAGGCGCGGGUUCGAGAGGUGGAGGCGGAGAACCGCGCGCUGCACCAGAGCAUCUCGGACACGGGCGGCAAACUGGCCCGGCUGGAGGCGGAGCAGCGGCAGGCCAGCAAGGAGCUGGAGACGCUGAGGGAGCGCGCCGAGACCUGCGACCAGCUGGAGAGAGACAUGAGCCGCGUGGAGCGGGCCAGGGAACAACUGCAGAGAGAGGUGGCCUCGCUGAAGAUCACGUGUGACCGCGCCGAGACGCUGGAGCGCGAGAACGCCACCCUGGAGCAGGACAACCGGCGGCUGAAGAAGCUGGCCGACACGGCCCAGAACGCGGCCACGCGGCUGGGCACGCUGGAGCAGGAGCAGAGGCAGCUGGACCAGGAGAACCUGGAGCUCCGCAGGCAGCUGGAGGCCCUGAAGCCGGCCUCCCUGCGCCUCACCCAGCUGCAGCAGGAGUACCAGGAGCUGGAGAGGGAGAGGGAGGACACCAGGAGGAGCCUAGAGGAGCUGCGGACACAGGCCAAGAGGUCUGAGCGUCUGGAGCUGAACUGCAACAGCCUGACGCAGGAGAACCAGCGUCUGCAGCAGAGCCUGGACAACACCUCCACCAAGCUCUCGGCUGUGGAGGCGGAGCUGCAGCAGGCCGAGGAGCAGGCCCAGACGCUGCGGCGCGAGCUGGAGCAGGAGGCGCGGCCGGCUGGGCGGAGGGCCCAGGCCCUGGAGAAGGAGAAGAGGGGCCUGGAGCAGGAGCUGGCCCAGGCCGAGAAGGAGCGCAAGCAGGCGGAGAAGGAGGCACGCUGGCUCCGCACGCAGCUGGAGGCCAAGGAGGCAGCGCUGGACGACAGCGGCCUGAGGCUGGCCACCCUGGAGAGGGAGAGCGGGGUCUUGGGGAAGGAGCUGGGCAGGCUGAAGGAGACGGCGGGCAGGGCCAAGGAGCUGGAGAGGGACAACAAGGAGCUCCAGAAGCAGGCCACCAUAGACAAGAGGACCCUGGCCACACUCAGGGAGGAUCUGGUGAAUGAGAAGCUGAAGGUUCAGCAGCAGUGUAAUGAGAUGGAGACUCUGAGCCAUGAGCUGGAGAAGAUGGGACUCAACAGAGAGAGACUACUGCAGGAGGAACACAGCUGUGAAGACAAUAAGUAUAAGAUCCUGGAGUCGAAGAUUGAGUCGACCCUGAAGAAGACGCUGGAUCUGCGGGAGGAGAAGAUCUCUGGCCUGGAAUCUCGUCUGGAGGAGUCUGGCAACCUCAACCUGCAGCUACGCACAGAACUCAGCACGGUGAAGAAGACCCUGGAGGCCCUGAGGCAGAGGCAGGAAGAGGAGGCGGCAGCCCAGAGUCAGAGCUCCGAGCAGGGCCAGGGUCAGCACCAGCAGGCCUCCGCUGCCGCAGCCAGGAAGGAGAAGUGGGAGACGGAGCACAGGGAGGCCACCACCCAGCUCCUGAAGCUCAAGGACCGUCUCAUCGACGUGGAGAAGAAUAAUGCAGCGCUGCAGACGGAGAAGCAGCUGUUGAAGGAGCAGCAGCACAAUCUGGAGACCCAGAAUGCCCAGCUGAACGCCCAGACGCUAGCACUACAGAGACAAGCAGCUGCCCUGCAGGAGCACAACACAGCACUACACACACAGACCGCCAAACUACAGGUGGAGAGCUCUACGCUGGGCUCCCAGAGUGCCUCGCUGAUGGCCCAGAACGCGGCGCUGCAGGGCCAGCUGGCCUCGCUAGAGGGCGACGUGGAGUCGCUGCAGCGGGAGCGCGAGGAGGCACGGGCCGCCCAGGAGGGGGCGCUGCGUCAGCACGAGAAGCUGCUGGGGGUGCACGAGAGGCAGGCGGCCGAGUACGAACAGCUCAUCACCCAGCACACGGCACUCAAGGCGGCCCAGAGGAGCAUGGAGCAGAAGCAUCGCACGCUGGAGAACAAGUACAUGGUGUUGGUGAAGCAGAAGGAUGGCAUGGAGGCUCUGGAGGCCACCUUGCAGCGGGAGAGGAAGAGCCUGGAGCAGGAGAUCCAGAAGAACACCCUCAUCCUGGCAGAGAACCACAGCCUCCGAGAUGACAUGGAGAGGCUGUCCCAGAACCAUGGCCACCUGCGUCAGGAGUACGACGGGCUGCAGGUGCAGACCAAGGAGCUGAAGACGUCCCUGAACUCGGCGCAGCUGGAGUUGAACCGCUGGCAGGCGCGCUACGACCAGCUCAAGGACCAGCACCAGGGCCUGGACAUCUCCAUGACCAAGCUGGACAACCACUGUGAGCUGCUGACGCGUCUGAAGGGGAACCUGGAGGAGGAGAACCACCACCUGCUGAGCCAGAUCCAGAUGCUGAGCCAGCAGAACCAGACGCUGCUGGAGAGAACCAUGGAGAGCAAGGAGAUGUACCAUGAGGAGCAGAAGCAGUACAUUGAUAAGCUGAACUCCUUGCGGCGUCAGAAAGAGAAGCUGGAGGAGAAGAUCAUGGACCAGUACAAGUUCUAUGACCCGACUCCCAAAAAGAGGAACCACUGGUCUGGGGCCAAGGCUCUGGCCAAGCUCAUCAAGCCCAAGAAGGAGAGCGGGUCUCGUUGCGAGCGAGACAGGGUGCGCAGCGCCCCUGACAUCCCCUUACCUGACCCCCCUCCCCUGCAGCUACCACCUGACUGCCCCAACGGACCCCCGCCCCUGCCACCACCCCCGCUGCCCCCGCGCCAGUCACGCCUCAGCCUGGAGUCCACUGGCAGUCGCUCCCCUGAUGACAACCACCUCCACUCCCCCUCCCUCAACGCAAACCAUGCCAGCAGAGCUUACAAGGAUGGCGGCAUGGUGCCAUCGCGCAGCAGGGACCUGUACCGAACACCAGGGGGCAGUAACGAGAGCGUGAACGGCACGGAGGACCUGCCCCUCAGGCGGAGGCAGGGCGUGGGAGAAGUGGGCGGCGGCCCGUCAUGCUCCACCCCCAUCAACCACGCCCCUGACUCCAGGAUGGGCAGAAGGCCAAGAGGCCUGAACUCGGACGACGACCUGCGUCUCCUGUCCCCUGACGCCGGUUACACUGCUGGUCUCCAUGGCAACACAGGCUACCGGCCCAGUUCUGCUGAAUUCAGUCUCAACAACUCUGGCAGCAACUCUCCCAUCACUCCCAGAGGUUCUCAGGAGCGCCUGCAGCCCCGAUCUGCCAGCCUGUCCAGCGACGACGCCAUGGCUAUGGGCCACGAGAUUGCCGCUGGCUCCAUGUCCCGUAGCUCCACACUACCCUAUGACCCUCCCGGUCACCGCUCGGCCUCGCGGCCCGCAGCCCGCCACCGGUCCUCGUCCCCGGGGAGCGAGAUGGUCACGCUGGAGGAGUUCCUGCAGGAGAGCAACACACUGUCGCCCCCCACGGUGCAGACAGGAAGUCGGGAGGACCUAAUGAACGACUACUUCACCCGAUCCACAAAGCCCUCUGCCCCGCGAGACGGUCUCAAGACACCCACCAGCUACGUCACCCCCACCGUCAAGACGCCCAACAACUCCUCGCUCUCCACCACCACGUCCUCUGCCCAACACAAGCCGGGCCACAGCGUGAAGCCCAGCGUUCGCCAACCAUCGGCCCCCGAUGGCUGCCACUCUCUGACGCUGCCCAACCGCUCCUCUGCGUCCUCAUCGGCUGCCACCCGGCCUUCGCCACGUGGUGCAGCUGGCAGCAGCGGAGGCGGAGGCACCAGCCUGAGCCGAACCUUCAGCCUGGCGUCGGCGGACCUACUGCGUUCCAACGGACCUGAUAGUUACCGCGGCGACCAUUCAUCGUCGUUGUCGUUGGCGCCCAACCAAUCGGAUGUGGUGUUGAGGAGAGGUGGAGGUGGAGGUGUGGCUCGAGAGCGCCCUCUGUCUGCCCGCAUGGCCGGCUCCUCGAACCACCUGGGGGAUGGUAGCCAUCUUGACCCACGCCGGCUCUCGGUGGCGCCCCCUAGGGACGAGCUGAGUCUUCCCCCGCCCCAGCACCACUCCUCCUCUCUCUCCCUGCAGCCUGACAGGUACACAAGUGGAGGCUCGAGAGGCGGCGGUGGUGGUGGUGUUGUUGGUAGUGGAGGAGGAACAGGGGGCAGUAAUGGCACCCCCAGGACCCCCAGUGGGCAGGCCGGCCGCUCUGCGCCUCAGCGCCACCACAACGCCAACCACCAUCACCGCGGCGAGGUUGCCAUGGUGACACCAGUGCGCGCUGUCCCUGCCCUGCGUUUGGAGGAGGAGAUGGGAGAGGAGGGGAGGCGCGACAGAGGCGAGCCACGUCAGGCUGAGUCACCUCUGCUGAAGAAAGGAGAGCUAGGAGGAGGAGGAGGAGGAGGCGGAGGAGUAAACGGAAGCACAGAGGAGAGGCCGAAAAGCACGCCUGCCUCCCCCGACCCCAACAAUGACCCUCAGACAGUCUGGUAUGAGUACGGUUGUGUCUAAGUCCACACACCGUUACGCAAACAAACAGGACCUCCCUGCAUAAUCUGUCAAAACAUCAACAUACAGUACAUCAACAAACAAGAACAAAAAACUGCAUGUUUAUACAUGCAUUUCCUUUGAUGCUCCUCAAUGGCAGACACAUGCACAAACGAGAAUGUAAAUCUGGCCAGGUGUGGGUGUCACCUCAGACCUACAGCAAAUCUCUGGCCAAAGUCCAUCUGCCUUACUAAGGUUAGCACCCAACAGCCUUGAAGCAUCAUGAUUUGAUCUGACUGAGCUUUUUACACUGCCAUUGUACUACUCACAAUACACAGACAGAUAGGACACAACAGGACUCUGCAGGGACCUACAGAAGCACUAGAAAACAAAAAGGAAUGUAUGUUUCUUUCUCUCUCUCUCUCUCUCUCUCUCUCAC